GUAUGCUUAUCUUUCUAUGAAGAAAAAAACAAACAUGCAUCUUGGUUCAGUAAGAGUGAGCGCUUGUAUUGGGAGCAAUGGUAUAUUAAUCUGAAUGUAGCCCAGCAUCCAAAGGUUCACUCUAGCAAAUCUCAUCAUUCUAAAGUUGCUGAUCCAGGAGAGGGAGCACUUGAAGAUAGAAAUGCAAGAAGCGCAGCACUUGAAUCAUCACUUCGAGAAGUUUUGUUUCAAAUUAUUAAAUUUGUUAACGAAAAGAAGGACCAUGUUCCUCCCAUACCAAAUCUUGAGGGUGUCAUUUCAUUCCCCUUUGAAAUUACUAUACCCAGUUCAUCAGAUUCUGCUUUCGGGAUGGACAUGAUAAAGAGGAUGCUCCAGUCUGGGCAUCCAACCAUGCUAAGUUGAUUGUCAGUUCUGACAGGGCGCAUGUGGUUCCGUGGAUUCUUAUUGUGCAUAAUCAUGUGCUGGAUAUAGAGAGCUGAAUAAAGCUAAAUGAAGCAAGGUUUAGUUUACUUGCCCUUGUAAAUAUUUGCUUUUGAGUAGCCUUUCUUUUUCUCCUUCUUUUCUAUUUCUCUCUUGGAAGUAUGUUUGUUCUGCGUUUACUAUUUAUGGUCUUGUAUAUAUUUUCAAAUGUUCGUGACU